GGGUUAGGAUGGCUGUCAUAACAAUUACAUGUAUCGUAGAUGUUGUAGAAAGAAUUUCAUUGCGUAAUUUUAAAAUGUUUAAGCAGUAUAGAAGGAAAUUUUGGGCCCUUUUAUGACGUGAACACGUAAUUUCAAUAUGUCUGAACUAAUGGACGUUCUUGAAAUUCACCAUUAUCCUCAGUUCAUGGACAAAUGUUGCGAUUUAAUAAACAUGGAAUGGCCCAGGAGUAAAACUAUAAGACUGAGAACAUUAAAGAUGUCCUGUGACAAUUUUCCAACAUGCCUUGUUCUAGUUCAAUCCCAUGAAGUCAUUGGUCACAGCAAAAUAACACCAAUACCUAGCCUGCCUUUGGGAUGUUUCAUUGAAUCAGUUCUCAUUCACCCUAAACACAGAGGAAAAGGACUUGGUAAAUUCCUCAUGGCCAAAACUGAAGAUCAUGCAAAAAGGCGAGGAAUGAAAACUGUUUAUCUUUCUACUAAAGAUAAGCAAGGAUUUUACUCCAAACUUGGCUACACAGAAUGUGAACCUGUACAAAUCUACGGAGGACCUGUGUUAUCAAGACAAAAUGUCAAGUUUGUGUCAUCUAAUAAAAUAAACACACAUAGUAAUAUUAACAUCCCUGCCCAAUCAGCUUCUGCUAGAGCAUCAACUACAUAUAUUCAUAAUUCAGUUACACCACCACCACCUCCUCCUCCUCCAAACCCUUCUAAUUCAAACACAUUAGUGACUUGUUCAGCUUCCACAUACAUGAAAAAAUAUAUUUAAUUAUAGCUAUACUUCAGCAAAUGUUAAACAUACAAGUAAUGAGAGGUCUCACAAGUAACUGGAAUGACAUUUCUGCACAACUGGCAACACACGAGCGCUGCUGCAUGUUGAACACAUCACCGCAUGAUCUGGUAAUUUUGUGUAAAAGAGUUGUCAGAAUUCAGUUUGUUUUGUGUUGGUGCAGUGUUUUGUUUGUCUGCAACAUGGCUGAUGAAUUGUUAGAGGAGAAUAAAAUUAAAUUGUGAAAAGGGGGGGGGGGGGGGGGAGAAAGAAAUUAUGUUUGCAAAAUGUCAAAAGGCAUAUAAUUUGAUGAUGACCACACUCACUAAAGGUUAGUGGUAGUUUAUUCUUACAGACUAUGGGUGGUUAUUUGUCACUUCUUACAUACUGACAUGUUUUUAAUAAAACAGCAUAAAUGGCAGAAGAAUGCACAGAAGUAUGAUUUUAUAUAUGUAACAAAUGUUUUAUUUAUUUACCUACAGCAUACUUGUGUUAGCAUUUCAGGUUCUCUGACCAGAAUGUUCUAUGCACUUCAUGUUUCUCCUAAGUGUACCCCAUGUUUCACCCUUCUCGAUUCAAUCACCGUAACAGUAUUAGGUGAAGAAUACAAUUUGUGAAACUCCUCAUUUUUUGUCUCCUUUAUUUGAAGAAUUCUUCUCAAACUUAUUUUUGUCACUGUUUGAGACUAAACACACCAAAGAGUUAACCUUAUACUUAUAUUCAAAUUAUAUCUGAUUGGAAAAUUUCUGGUCUAUCUACUGUUAUAAGAGAAGUAUGACAGCAUUAAUAAUGACAACUGACCCCAUCCCAUCUGAAGCCAUCAAACAGUUCUUUAUGUAUCAUGUACUAAUUUAAAGACCCAGCAACACAAAGUUGCUCAACGUACUACUGUAAAACAACGUAAUUUUAGUUGUUAAAUCUGUAUAUUACAACCUAAUAUGUUUCAUACUACAGUGAGAUUCUUUCUGAGUUCCCCAUCAGAUUGCACAACACUUAUUAUGAACUUCAACAUACAAAUGUAAACUUUAUAAUUAGGUGUUAGAAUAAUGAAGAUCGUUUCCAGCACCUGGUGUAAUUGGAAUAAAUUUUAUUUUUAAUGUG